AGCUAUAUAAAAUCACAGUUUAAUAUUUGAAAGUCCCGGGGUGGAUACAUCUGAACCCAUCUUCUAGAGAACAUUCUGAUAAUCAUGCAUUUACUUUGAAGAUGAUUGAAACAGCCUUACAAGAUGACGUAACAAUAUUACAAUGAAAGGGAUGCAUUUUCUUACUGUUUAUGAAAGUCUCAAUACUGUACUGGUCUGUCACCAGGGGGCAUGCAUACAAUAAUACACUUCAGGAAACAUCAUUCGUUCAACAUUUUUUUUUUAAAGAUUGCAAUUCAAAUGCAACCUGGAUCUGCAGGAAGACGAUUUUUGUUGUUACAUUUGGUCCAUGCCAGCAGAACAGUGUUGAAUCGGCGUGCUAUUCUGAGAGAUUUCUAAUUGCAAUUUUGUUGCAGCAGGGGUUUUGCAGACUCUCGCUCCAGCGUUGUUGUGAAUUGAUCUAACAUGGCGACUGUACCAGUUUAUUGCAUCUGUAGGUUACCUUACGACGUAUCCCGCUUCAUGAUCGAAUGCGAUGCCUGUAAGGACUGGUUUCACGGCAGCUGUGUUGAUGUGGAUGAAGAGGAAGCGCCAGACAUUGACAUCUAUCACUGUCCGAACUGCGAGAAAUCCCAUGGCAAGUCCACUUUGAAAAAGAAAAGGAAUUGGCACAAAAAUGACACGGGGCAAAGUACAGAGGUGAAGAAGCCUGUCCUGAACGGCAGCCAGGUGUUUAUAAAGGAGCUCAGAAGCAGGACGUUCCCAAGUUCUGAAGACGUGGUGGUAAAGCUGAAUGGAAGCCAGCUCACACUAGACUAUAUUGAAGAGAAGGGCUUCACAGAACCCAUCCUGGUCCCAAAGAAAGAUGGACUCGGAAUGUCAUUACCCGCCCCCACGUUCUAUGUUAGUGACGUAGAAAACUAUGUCGGUCCAGACAGAGUUGUGGAUGUCAUUGACAUGUCCAAACAGACAGAGUGCAAGAUGAAGCUCAAGGAGUUUGUUGAUUAUUACUACAGCACAAACAGAAAACGAGUACUGAACGUGAUAAGCUUGGAGUUUUCUGACACAAGAAUGUCCAGUUUUGUGGAGAGCCCUGAGAUUGUCAGAAAGCUGUCCUGGGUGGAGAAUUACUGGCCUGACGACGCACUCCUUGGAAAACCCAAAGUCACCCAAUACUGCCUGAUCUGUGUGAAGGACAGCUACACAGACUUCCACAUAGAAUCAGGGGGAGCCUCCGCAUGGUACCAUCCACUCAAAGGAGAUAAAAUAUUCUUUUUAAUCAAACCAACUUCUGCAAACCUGUCCCUUUACGAGCACUGGCGUUCCUCGUCCAAUUACAGUGAGAUGUUUUUUGCUGACCAAGUAGACAAGUGUUACAAGUGCACUCUGAAACAAGGACAGACUUUAUUUAUUCCUUCAGGUUGGAUUUAUGCAACGCUGACCCCAGUGGACUGCCUGGCUUUUUCUGGGCAUUUUCUUCAUAACCUGAGUGUUGAAAUGCAGAUGAGAGCAUAUGAAGUGGAAAAACGAGUGAAAAUUGGCAGCCUUACCCAGUUUCCCAACUUUGAAACUGCGUGCUGGUACGUGGGCAGGCAUCUGCUGGAGAGGUUCAAAGGCUUGCACAAAGCUGGGAAGCAGCCGCUGCCUCACUUGGUACAAGGAGCCAAAAUUCUUAAUGGGGCUUUCAGGUCGUGGACUAAGAAACAGGCUCUUCUUGAACACGAAGAUGAGCUUCCAGAAAACAUGAAGCCAUCACAGCUUAUCAAAGACCUUGCCAAAGAAAUCAGAAUUACAGAGAAUGCAUGUAAAGCCAUGAAGGUGGAGCUGAGUGCCAGCGUACCCGUGGAGGAGCCUCCUGCAGUGGAGCUGGAGGAACCAGAGGAGUCAGAGGGGCCUGGUCAGCCUGUGUCCCCCAUGUCCUCCAUGUCCCCUGUAUCCCCCGUGCACAUCCCCUCGCCACCCCAAGAGAAACCCUCCCGCAAGAAGGCUCCCAAAACUCCCAAGACGCCUAAAAACCCCAAGACCCCCAAAACGCCCAAGACCCCCAAAACGCCCAAGAUGCCCAAGACCCCCAAGACGCCCAAGACCCCCAAGGCUGUGAAAAAUACAAAAACCCCCAAAAUGAAAGAGGGGGGCAAGAAAAAAGGGAAGAAAACAAAAGAAAGCUCCUCUUCCCCCACCACGCCGACCCUGGACGUCCUGGAAGCGCACACAAAAGAGGCUCUGACAAAAACAGAAACGUCAAAGAAAGGGAAGGCUGCAAAGAAUGUGUUGAGCAUGCCAGAGAAAGAGGCCAUCAGCAAGCAGAACGAGCUGGAGAAGUUUGAGAUCAGAGAGCAGAACAAGAGCAAAACAGAAGCUAAAUGGAAAUACAAGAACAGUAAACCAGAUUCAUUGCUAAAAAUGGAGGAAGAACAGAAAUUGGAAAAGACACCAUUAUCAGGAAACAAAGACAACAAAUUUGCAUUUUCUUUUUCAAAUAAAAAAUUACUAAGUUCUAAAGGGCUAAAACCACAGAUGAAUUCAAGUAUAUUUGGAUCAUUACAAAACCUGAAGGAAGAUAAAGUGAAGCCAGUCAGGGAUGAGUAUGAAUACGUGUCAGAUGAAGGAGAACUGAAAAUUGACGAGUUUCCAAUAAGAAGAAAAAAUAACACAGCAAAAAGAGAUAUUUCUUUUUUAUCGAAUAUAAAAGAGCCGAUUCAGCAGGCAAAAAAACCAAAGCUUCAACGUACACCCGCCAAGGCUAAUGAUUCCUCAGAUGAAGGGUCGCUUCACAUUGACACAGAAACAAAGACAGAAGUCAAAGGUCGAAAUUCAAAGGUCAAGAAGGAAAGUGGUAAUGCUGCGGGAAUACUGGAUCUCUUACAGGCCAGCAAGCAAGUUGGAGAAAUUGAUUACAAUGCAAACAGUCCGCCACCUGCUUCUCCCAGCACACAGGAAGCCAUCCAGGGGAUGCUGUCAAUGGCCAACCUCCAGUCUUCAGACUCCUGUCUACAAACCUCGUGGUCCAACAACCAAUCAAAAAACAACUCCCACACGACGCAGUCAUCCAAGAAGACAGGCAACGGCAACAACAAGAGGCCCGCCAAGCGCCCGCUGAAGAAAAGCACGAAGAGCAGCAGUGUGGACAGCGUGGAGAUGUUUGAGGACGAACAGGACCACCUGCAUGCGUGUUUCAAAGAUUCAGAUUACGUAUAUCCAUCUCUUGAGUCAGAUGAAGACAACCCCAUUUUCAAAUCCAGGUCAAAGAAAAGGAAAAGUUCAGAUGAUACACCUUACAGCCCAACAGCCAGAGUAGGUCCAUCAGUCCCCCGACAAGACAGACCUGUUCGUGAAGGAGCUCGAGUGGCUUCUAUAGAAACCGGCCUAGCGGCUGCAGCAGCCAAACUCUCCCAGCAGGAACAACAAAAAACCAAGAAGAAGAAGAAAAAUACCAAAAAGAAGCUCUCGUCAGACGAUGCAAAUAAAAUCCCUCAGGAAAGCAGUUCACCGGAGCCCAAGCUGGAGUCCCAUGGGAGCAGUCUGGCGGAUCACGAGUAUACGGCUGGGGCAGCCAAGACCCCUGGCGCGCCACAACCCAUGGCUCCCGGAGUGUUCCUCACACAGAGGAGGCCGUCCACUUCAUCUCAGAACAGCGCAUCAGCCAAAGCCAAACGGCUUAAGAAAGGCAUGGCUACUGCCAAACAGAGACUGGGGAAGAUUUUGAAGAUUCAUCGUAAUGGGAAACUUCUCCUGUAACAUCUACAGUGCAAGACUGGGACUGUGUCGCUGCUCAGGUGAAAUGACCUGAACCUGACCCUACUCCUGUUCACUGGUAUUAAGGACUACAGCAGCAAACUGAACCAUAUGGGGAAUAAAACAGGUGACGUUUUUUCAGUUUUUAAGAAGAAUAUAGCUCAAAAAUAGGUUUUUGCCUCUACUUAUACUUUAUAACUUUCAGAUAUCUGCUAUAAAUAUUUUUAAAACAAAAUGUGUGUCUCAAUUUACUACAACUGUUAGUUGCUGAAGAACAUUGCAGAUCAUUCCGAACUUCUAGAAAGUAUCCCCAGCAUUUAUUUACUUACAUGCAUAUGAAUAAAUAAAUGUGUAGCGCUUUUAAUUUUGAGCAUUUUAAACCAUCUGACCUGGAUGUGACUUGUCAAACAGCUGGCAAAUGCAAACCCAGUUGUAAAAACUAUCGGAGCUCUUUUGCACUGUACUUGAUGUCAAAAUUGUCGGAGAAAGGCAACUGUAAAAAAUCCUAUCGCAACUACUGUUAAGAAGGUAAAUCAUAAGAGGGGUAUGGUUAACACUUAACCCCCUUUCACACUGGCAUGCUCUACCCGGGUCAGAACCUACCCAGGUCAGGACCCAGUGUGAUGCGCGUCAGGUACGCGAUUUCACACUGAUUUUGAUAAAGCAAGGGUUGACCUGGGUGACAGACGCAAGUGCACAAUACGCGUAUCAAUGCCCUGGAAGCAGCUUGUUACUGACGCUUCCAUCCAAGCUUCUCUGGAUUGAACCGUCGGCCCAAAUGUUGAUUAGAGCAAAUGUUUCUACAUCCCUGCUGCAAUCUGGCACACGGUGUGUCUCAAGCAACAAAAAUAUGGCUAAACAGAAUAAACAGUUCCUUGCGGAAUUGAAACCUUCACGCAGGCGUGGCUGUUUGUUAUUGUCUCGGCUCACGAACGGCCGUCAAGCAUUUUGUCUCGCUCAACCCGGUUCAAAGCGUGUCGACCCACAUCCUGAGGUGGGUCGCUGGGACCUGGGUUAACCUGGGUACGACCCAGGUACGUGGUUUCACACUACACGGGAUUGUGACCCGGGUAGCCAGGACCCGGGUCCGGACUCGGGUAGGAGUGCCAGUGUGAAAGGGGCUUUAGACAGCAAGCCUAGCUUUAUCAGAUUGCAAAGCAACAGAAACAAAGUACAAUGUACCUUCCGGUGCAUUUCAUGAAGCCCUGCAGAGGGCGCUUGUUCAGUCUCUGAGCUGAAGAACAGUGUUAUGCUUUUUUUUUUUUUUCUCUCGGUGCGAUCUAUAAGAAAAAGAUAAUGUAAAUGUUGUUUAAAUUAUAUAUUAGCAACAUUUUUAUUUUGUAAUAUAUUACCACAAUUGUUUUGUAAAACAAAAUCUGUAUUCAAAUCCUUGCUGAAACAUAAAAUUAUUUCUUUAUAUAAUUAUUGUUUUUAUAUAUAUAUAUAUAUAUAUAAUUUUAAUCAUUGUAUGUUGCAUUUUCCUCCCAAUUCCCUUAACACAAUAACAAAUCAUGUAGCCACAAUUAGAUCUCAUUUCAGUUUCAGGCAUUUCAUUGGUAUUGACAAUGAAAUACAUGCCAAUAAAUAAAUAAAUAUUACAAAACUAGUAUGGUAACAGCAACCUAGAGUACUGAACCGGUAGUUUAGGAGCUAAAUAUUUAUCGAAGGGUAGAUUCUAUGUUGUUACUGUUGCUAAUGGCACUGAUUUAAACCAGGCCUGAACUGUCAAAUAUUUAUUUGACCCAUAAUGACAAAUAGGACUCCCUAUACUGGGUACUGUGAUUUCCAUGCUUUGCUGUAUUAUAUCUGUUUCCUUACAAAGGGACUGUAUAACACCUUUUUAAAUCUCAGUAUUAUCAAGUGGCAAACUGACUCAAUCAGAAUGUGUGAGUGUGGCCAACAGCACAGACUUGCACUUAACUUACUGGUGCUGACAUCAAUAUUCAUUGAUAGAGAUCCCUGGGAACCCUUUUUCUACAAAAACACUAGGUGACUUUUGAUUGGGAUGAAGCGUCCUCUUGACAAGCCUCCCCCUUCUCUUCCUUUCAUCUUUAAUUAACCGGGUACUUUCUAAUCCAACCUUGUUUCUCAGGCAAUACCGUAAAGUACUUUAGCUAUAACAUAUGCAUUUUACUGCAUUACAGUAUAUAGAAUGUAGCUUGUAAAUAGCUUUUGAAAUGACUACCUUUUGUAACAGAGUGACUGUUCUUUAUUAACUAAUACUUCAUUAUACAUUUUUACAAAGUGUUUUUUUUUUAUUAUUUCUUAGCUACAUUUAGGCGCUUUUUUUUUUUUUUUUAGACAGAGAGGUGUUGCCUGAAAAACAAAUUGCAAAACUUAGUAUGGCCUUACACAAAAACAAACAAAUGUAUUGUAAAGAUUCACGUGCAGCAAGAAACGAGACUUCUCAAAGAAAAAAAAAAAAAGACAUGCUUACGUCUUGACCAGCUUCCUGUUCUAUAGUCCUUGUAACCUGAUGGGAUUGAAAAGCUGUUUUACUAGCACCUUGUGAAGUGUGUUCUGUGUCUCUGAUGAUGUAAUUUAUUAAUGUUUGUAGCUUUUUAUAUUUGUACAUUUCUUAAGAGCUUUUGUUUUUAAACAUUUUAUCAGCUUGUGAAAGUCUACUUCUAGGAAUCUGUCUACAGUACAAAUUAAAAAUACUACUGAGGCCUUAUUAACUAAUAUUUAGGCACUUCAUGGUUGGGUUUAGGACCUUAAUAUUCUGUUAGGUUGUUUUUUUUGUUUGUUUGUUUUUAAUUUGAAGGCUUUGUCAGUUAGUUUAAUAGGGCCCCAGUUAUAAAACAGAUUUUCAAAGCUCUCUUAAGACAUUAUUAUUAUUAUUAUUAUUAUUAUUAUUAUUAUUAUUAUUAUUUUAUUUUAUUUUUUAUCAAGAAGCUAUAUGGUAUAACUCCGCCAUCAUGCCUUUUUAUUUUAUUUUUGAAAUAUGUACAUUUCUAACAAGGUUUACUGUGGUUAUGUGUUGCAGUUUUAGUUGCCAAUGGAAAUCUUGUAUCAAAUCCUCAGAACUUAAAUACACUCGGAUCAAACCUUAACAAGUUAUCUUUUUUUCAGGAUUUUGUACAAAAUGUGUGUUGCUUUGUUGUGUUUUAUUUUUGAUAUGUUCAACCCAUUAAAUUGACCAGCUGCACUAGCACUGUGUAAAUC